GACAUCUUUACUGGGAGAUUAUCUGACUAUACAGACACAGAGAGGACGCAGUCACCCAUGGUUCUCGGAUUCUUCUGUUAUUUUGGACAUAAAAGUUGGAUGGCACUGUACGUCAUGUGACCCGAGACGCAGGAAGGAUUUCAGAGCAGCGUGAGAUCGAGGAGUCCUGCCGGGAUCUGAAAGAGAAGAAUUCAGAGUCCCUGUGGUGCACAGGGACCCCAGACUGUGACCCCCCGCGGACCUGAAGGGACGGGUUUGACUUGAAGCAGUGAACUUCACACAUUAGCUCGGAGCUUCUGACUGGACGUCGCCUCGUUUGGCUGAACACAAAGGCCUUUUGUUUCUCCCAGCUUCAACUUUGUCCUCGUUUCUUUCCUUUUCAUUCAAAGAUUUGUGGUUUUCCUCCCCAAGAAUGAAGAACUGUUGACCUUUAAGCACUGAUUUUCUGUUGAAAACACAGUGGGAGGAUGGACGCUGACAGGAGAGUUUUAAUGGUAUUUAUUUUAUCUGUGAAAGUGUCUAUCCUGGGAUUCAGGCGCCUCUCCAUGGAAAUGAGGAGCUGAUUUCAAAUACAUCAGGACUGAAUCAAGAGUUUCUGCAGGAAACAAGUUUUUAGACCAAAUGAUUAUUUUUUAACCUCUUUGGAGUAUCUGGAGACUCAUUUUUAAAGAAGUUUGCACUUUCAAUAUCUCAAAAAAGCAUAACUUUCACUUCUUUCAAAUGCAUUUUUUUUAUUGUGCUGCACAAGCAUGACAACUGUUCCAUUCUCAGAAACAUGAAGCUGCAAAAAUGAGAUUUUUUUUUGCCCAAACUUUGCUUUCAUGCCUUAAAACAGUAAAAGCUGUGAUUUAGAUUCGUCACACUGAUGAGAUGCUGCUGCCGUUUCUCAGAAAACCUAGCACGGUUAUUCCUUUGAAUGCAUCUUCUUCCAGGACACGAGCUCAUUUUAAAGCAUGCUAACUUAACUGACCGCACCUUUUUGGUUUUUUUUUGAGGAUGCAGCUGUUGUUGAUGGCGAGUCCACCGUGAGAGAAAGGUAUUAAAAAUUGAUUUUCUCAUUAAUGUGUAGAAACUGAAGCCAUACUCAUGUGAGCACAGGCAUUAUUUCUCGGAUUUUAGAGCUUCAGAUCAGGAUUUUUGGGAUGAUUUUUAAGACUUUGACACUUUGAAAAGUUUAAAACAAGUCAAGCUGAAGCAAGCUUAAAGUCCUACUUUUAAGCCUCGGCCUUGGAUUACAGCCCAAUAAGGAGCGAGGUCACCGGCCUAACUGGACCUAUUUUUAUCACCAAGGAGUCUUCAGUACUCUCGCCAAGUGUCAAAGGGUACCACCACGUCAUUUUCCCACGCCGUACGUCUGAAGGCGUGUCUUCCUGCCUCGGGGGGACAUUUCAGCCCAUCCCGUCACCGCCAUGGUGAUGUCCCAGGGCACAUACACGUUCCUGGCCUGUUUUGCCGGCUUCUGGUUGAUCUGGGCCGUGGUCGUCAUGCUCUGCUGUUUCUGCAGCUUCCUGCAGCGCCGGCUGAAGCGUCGUCAGGAGGAGCGUCUGAGGGAGCAGUGUCUGAGGAGCGUGGAGAUGGAGCCGCUCAGCUGUCACCCUGCAGGAUACCCGUCUGUUCCCCCACCUCCUCCGCCUCCUCCACCUCCUCCUCCUCCCACACAGCUGCCCAGAGAGCCUCCACAGUUCGUCCCUCCACAGACUUUGUCUCCUCCGGUUCCCCUGCAGGUUCCUCAUCCCAUGCCGCAGGCGACCUGGGUCACCAUGCCAGAAACAGAUGGAUUUGGUAAGCCGCCCUGCUAUGAGGAGGCCGUCCUGAUGGAAGACCCUCCCCCACCGUACAGUGAGGUUUUGGCCGACCCACGAGGAGGCACCUACAUAAAACCCGCCCCCCUCCGUGCUGCACCUUUACCUCCUCCUCCCAGAGACCACCUGUUCCCUGCUCCAGUAUUCACAUCUGAGACCAGCAAGCCUCCUGUGAUGACUGUAUUUCCUGAGCGAGGUUACUCCUCCCUGAUACGCCUGCCUUCAUCACAGCGCUGGGACUCUCUGGGUCAUCUUCUCUCCAACAUGGACCUGAACCAUAACAACCUAACCCCGCCAGGGGCCCGGUCCAUUCAGGCUGCAGCGGCGAUGGCUACCAUGCCUCGCCGAGAGCCAAGGACUCAUCAUGGGCUGCGAGGUGGAAUACAGAGACUACCAGGAAGCAUUCAAGCAUUCCAAGGGAGCAUUCAAGGACUCCAAGGGGGGGUACAGGGAUUUCCAGGAGGGUUACAAGGGCUUCAGGGGGUCCACGGACUGAGGGGUAUGGAGCCUAGCUGUGGCUUACCAACAGCCUACCCUCUGCUGGGUCGUAGCACUGCUGUCUAAACUAAAGUUGUUGGAUCUUAAGAGAUGAGUAAAGACAGACUCUCUGUCUGUAGGCCUCUCAUGCUAAGAGCUAACAGCGCUAACACUGUCGAUGUUUAAGGCCCUAAAGAGCUAAACAACCAUCACAGUGCUGCAACGGAGCCAGGAGUUCAACUCCCCAGGCACUUCUGUGGGCGAAGAGUGCCACUUACUCUGCUUGGACCUCAGCUCAGCUGUGGGUGGGGGUUAAAGAGCAAUUAUGGCACCGAUUCAGACCGGCGUUGUUGAGUCAUGUGGAAGCUAAUCGCAUCAGGAUCUGUGAAAACCACAAAGGAGGGAAAAGACGAGCAACAAGCAGUGGUUUCUUUACUUUUACCUGGACUGUCUGGACUUUAUUCAUCUCCAUGAGGGCUGGGCACUUUAUUCUAACAGUUUUUAAAAUAUCUGACACAUUUUUCAGGACGUAAGGUGUCGUUUCUAUCAAUAUACUUUAUAAAGAUGUUGAUUUUACAGAAAAAGAGAUACCAGAUCUCAUGCUCAGUAAAAUGAUCCAUAAUAUCCUAAUGAACACAAGAUCAUCAGUUUGAAAUGAUUUUAUUAGACUUAUUUUAUUAAAGUGAAUGACAUUUAUUAUAACAAUCUGAUGAUACUGAUGCCGGGUUGAUGCCAUAGCAAAGUCCUAAACACCCAAUAUUGUUGUUUCAAUGAUCUCAGACUUCAGCUGAACUCCUGAACACUGUCUAGUUUGCACUAAUAUCGCAUCAACUUUCAGAAAAAGUCAGAAAAUAUGACAGAAAGUCAUCAGGUUACUUUAUGAUACCAUGGGAAAUUAUUUUAAAAUCAGUGGAUCCCUACUGGUCUAGCAUCAGCACCUUCUUAAUGGCAAAUUGAAACCUUAAUUUCUUCUCUUUUUCAAUUCAAACUGAAUGUUUUUGAUGAAAAUGGGACAGUUUGACUUGAGAGGAAGCAAGAACAAAGAGAUGACCACAUCCUUCAAAAUAAAAGCACAUCAUCGACUUACUGACACAUAUUUUUUUUGUUUCCAGACACACAUCUGAGGCUACUGAAAUGACGUCACACCCACUUUUGCAUCCUGCUCCACCAGUGAAAGAAGAAAGUUUUAGAGUAUAAAAAUGCUGGCGGCCCCAGUAUACAGGAAUGUUUGUGUUCAGGGUUCAGGGUUUUCCCUCCUUUAGGGUGGCGGCGUGUUUCUCUGAAGCACUGAAAAUGUUGAGACAGGGAAUUAAUGCAUGCAAGGGGACCCUCCUGCUCCUAUGGGGCCAUGCUAUGGAUAGUUUAGAACAGGGGUGGGCAACUGUUGGCCCAGGGGCCACAUGUGGCCCUCUGCCUCACUGAAUGCAGCGCAAGUCCAUUUUAAAAGCCAAUAAAUCAAAAAACAUAAAAGAUGGCAAAUCUGCCAUGAAAAGUUGAAAUAUCUGAUUACUGGUGUUUUAGUUGUGGUCAGCCAUAGACUAGGUUACAUGGCUGACCUUAACUACCCAGGAUUCCUGUUGAAAUGCCGGACAGGAGAGAGGAGUAGAUCUAAGCUGACACACCAGAUUGACUGUUUCAAAUUUCCAUUUCAUGGGUAUAUUCCACAUUCAUUUGGAAAAGCUCCCAUGGGAAGCAUUUGGGAAGGGCAGGACUUUUCCAAAAAAAGCUUGGAAGGUGAUUGGAGAAACGUUCUGUCACAUUCAUGAUGGGCCAAUCAGAGCCACAAGACUAAAGGACAUACGCAUGCGCUUCUCUACAGCUGACAGGUUGCCGCUGCCGUGGAUUGGCGGAUCUUCUUGGUGAAUAAAAUUGAUGCAAACAUCUUCUGCUGAGAGAAGUUUUCAGUCUGUCACACUGUUGUUUUUUUCUUAAAUAAUUGUGGACCAGUUCUGAUUAAACCGCCACUUUCCUACAGCUACAGCUGAGCUAUUCGCUACGGCAGCAGCCACCGGACACACCUGUAACCAUUGUAGAGCCAUGCUGAUGCAGAAGACCCAACACUUUUCAUCAUGGAAAGCUUUCAGCGUUGCUCUCUGCCCUUGUUCUGAUAAAGAAAUGCUGUCUAGUUCUGAUAAAACUCCCUCUGUGGCUAAGUCCCAGCUAAUCACUCCAUUAGCAGCCAUUCUAUACAAACACUCGCAGCUAACGCUUCGCCGCUGUAUCUCUCACAAACCUGCGCUGAAGCAGGUCAGCAGAAGAGCAGAAACAUCCUCCAUACCUUGAAAAGCUUUGAAUGUUGUUUUAUUCUUUAUUUCCUGCAGAAACGUGGUCCAGUUUAAGUCUGACACUACAUCUGAGCUACAGCUGAGCUACAGCUGAGCUACAUCUGAGCUACAUCCGAGCUACAGCCGAGCUAUAUCUGAGCUACAGCUGAGCUACAUCUGAGCUACAUCCGAGCUACAGUCGAGCUAUAUCUGAGCUACAGCUGAGCUACAUCCGAGCUACAGCCGAGCUAUAUCUGAGCUACAGCUGAGCUACAUCUGAGCUACAUCCGAGCUACAGCCGAGCUAUAUCUGAGCUACAGCUGAGCUACAGCUGAGCUACAUCCAAGCUACAGCUGAGCUACAGCUGAGCUACAUCCGAGCUACAGCUGAGCCACAGCCGAGCUAUAUCUGAGCUUCAGCUGAGCUAUAUCUGAGCUACAGCUGAGCUACAUCCGAGCUACAGCUGAGCUACAUCCGAGCUACAGCCGAGCUAUAUCUGAGCUACAUCUGAGCUACAGCCGAGCUACAGCCGAGCUAUAUCUGAGCUACAGCUGAGCUUACAUCUAAGCUACAUCCGAGCUACAGCCGAGCUAUAUCUGAGCUACAGCUGAGCUACAUCCGAGCUACAGCAGAGCUACAGCUGAGCUACAUCCGAGCUACAGCUGAGCCACAGCCGAGCUAUAUCUGAGCUACAGCUGAGCUAUAUCUGAGCUACAGCUGAGCUACAUCCGAGCUACAGCCGAGCUAUAUCUGAGCUACAGCUGAGCUACAUCUGAGCUACAUCCGAGCUACAUCUGAGCUACAGCCGAGCUAAUCACCGCCCUGGAGGCAGCCAUUGUAAAUGGCUUUGAGUACAACUAAACCCCGCCCAUAGCUAACGGCUCGUUCUCACCUCGUCUUGUAGCACAAAUAGACAAUCGUUAUAUUUAAGUAAACGUACUUUUAAAAACUAAGGGGUCCUGGUUUAGCUCAGGCCCAUAGACGGUUCUUCAAUCUUUUAUGCACAGGACCAAGACCCAGUCCUGCUGCUGUCAGGUGCCCUAUCAAAAUAAAAGCAAAUAAAGCCCAACAUUUUUAAAAAGUCACUAAAUAUUUAUUUUUUGGGGGACAGAGUGUAAGAAUUAGUCAGCAGUUUUAAUCAUUACAAAAUUCUAAAUAUUGGGUGUCUAUGACCUCUUGUUUAAUUUUCCACUAGAAUCAUACUUCUUAUUUCUCUACAUAAACAUUCAUAAAUAGUCUAUUAAUAUGGCCAUAAAGCUAAAACUACUGACAUGUUUUUUAUAAAUGCUUCUCUACUUCCACCCAGUCAGCUGGGCUCUUUUAUCAUCUCUGCCGUUCCUCUCAGUCCCCUCUCUUCUGCUCUCUCUGUCUGAGCAUCUAUUGUACCAGGCUGCUGUUGCCAUGGCGUUGGGAACCGUCAGUUGCUCAUGAUGACCCCCCUCCUUUGAUUUUGGAGGACCGUGUUCACAGCCUGUCUCCUCUGGAGGACUGGGAGGACCGGCAGUCAUUACCUUCAGAUUCCUCUGAUUGUCACAUAAUCAAGCUGGUGGGCGGUUACUUCCAGUGACAAUCAAUACAAGAAUAAAGUACGGCAAGCAAAAAGAACCAAAUGGACAUGGACUGAGCUUUUUAACCUGCUGCUUUGUUGUUUCAGUGUGGUCUUUAAUAGAAACUGUUGUUGAACCUCCAGGUGGCUCAUUUAUGUGAAAAUAUUUUCAUGUACAAAAGAAGAAUCUUUCUUUAAGCUGUGUGAGAAGAAACUCCCGUUACACAUCUUCCUAUUUUUAUGGGCUGACUUUUUUUGACAAACAGCCAAUGCACCACCAUUAAAGAUGGUCUCCUGCCUCAUGAUAAAGCCAUCAUUACUCUGUCUGCAGGAUUCAGACUUCUGCGUAACACCAAAUAAUGUCUGUUUAACUUUGAGGGCAUUCUGACUGCUUUUGUGUGUUUUCUGCUUUUUUUUUUGGCAUUGCUUUUUAUUGGUGUAGAGGAGGGACCGUCACUUCAAACAGUUCCCGGAGGGCUUGGCCCAGCAUUUUUCAAAACAUAUGAAAAUGAUGCACCCCCUUGGAUAUUUCACCUUCUUAUUAAAUUAAUAAAUCAGUCAUGGUCAGUGAAAUCUGAUGAAUUACCCAUUAAAGCUGUAAGCUGUGGAGAAGACAGGAGAGAGUAUCGGCAACUGGUGGGAAGUCUCAGACAACAGAAAGAGUCCCACUAAACCAAGGAGUUUACUAGUUUACUAGUUUAUUUUGAGAUAUAUCCAAUGUCCUAAAAGGGCUUUAAGAGGGAGACUGUUUUUAUUAUUAUUAUUUUUUGUUAUUACACAAAACGUAAUAGUCUGUCAAAAUCAGUGUUAGUGGUAAUCACUGACAUAUCCCAGACUGGUAACCCCUGCACAAAAAAAUCUGCUUUGCAUUUAUCAGAUUGAAAAUAAUUCAUUUUUUGUGUAAAAAAAAAAAAAAGUGCCGUUAUGUAAAUAACCUGGCAUUUAUAGGGUUAAAACUAUGAAAGUUAAUUCACAUUUGCUAUACAUGACUAGGACUAGAGUUAAGGACCAAAAAUUAAAAAGAAAAAUUUUUUCAUUCAUUUCUAAUACUUUGAAAUAUAACCGAUGUCCUAAAAGGGCUUUGAGGGGGAGAGUGAUUUUUCUAAAGGAGGUCUGAGGGUUAAGUUAAGAGGAGACGUGUUUUUCACAGGUUAGUGGUUUGAACGAACUGUUCCCACCUCUGACCAACAUCUCACCAAGCUAAAGAUAAAAACUGAUCUAAAGAAUCAAACUGUUUGAUUUGAAAACAAGAAGAAUCCCUCAGAUUUUUCUGGUGUUGCUACGGUGAAAAUACAGAUUAAUCUGUUCAUUCAAUGAUGGAGGGAUUUCUGUCUUCAUCUCUGAUUUCUGGAUGUUUUCAGGAUUGUACGACUCAUGAAUGUCUUCAUUUGUGCAAACAAACAAACUGAAUGGCUGCAGGUGAAAAUCAACUGAUUGUAACUUUGAGCAUUAAUAACCACUGCCAUCCAUAAAACAUCUCUCCACGUUUCAUAAUUUCACUGUUGUUAUGAACACAGUAAAAUAAACCCACCAAGAAGAAGAAGAAGUAAAACUCAGAGUCUGUUGGUUUAUUGAGUCCUUCUAGUUCUCAUUAUGAUCCUCCAGGUUCUCCUUACUGGUCUUUGCUUCUCUGCCAACCCCAACCCUCCUCCAGGUUCUCCUUACUGGUCUUUGCUUCUCUGCCAACCCCAACCCUCUGCUAUUGGCUGAUUCUGAUGAAGAAGGCGUUUUAAUGACAGAUGGGUCUCUAAAAUGCUCUUUCCCGUGUUCUCCAUCCUCUUUAUUUCAUGUUCUAAAGAGUUUCUCACCUUUUCCCUCCGUGUGCUCCUUCAGAUGUUUAUUUCCUUUUUUUUAUUUUAUUUAUUCUUGUCGUGGUAAAUUUCACAUUACUUCACAAAGAAACAGUCAACCUCAUUCCAUUCCACGGCCAGAAAGGAGCAGGGAGAAGAAAACUCUUCUUUAGCCUGCCCCUCACUAAAACACAAAUGUUCAACAGUUGGUCUGCCAACUGAAACAAUGAUAUUACAGCAACAUGCAAAAAGAUACAGUGAAUUUUUUCAACGACUCUGACAACGCCUACUACACCCUAUUCUCCAUGUUCAUACUGUCUGAUGAGUCUCUCUUUAAAUUCUUAAUUUUAAAUUCCAAUCUCUUAAACUGAAAUAUAUUCAGACAGCUCUUCAUAUCACUCUGGAAAGAAUUCCACAUUUUGACUCCAACCACAGAAAUACACACCUGCUUUAAGGUCGUCCGUGCAAAUUGAUGCUUGAAAUUAAAUUUCCUUCUAUGGUUCUGGUCCUCUGAACUAAAAACAAAAAUCUUUAGCACAUUUUCUGGUAAUGCUCUACUUUUAGCUGUGAGCAUGACUGUGAGUGUCUGCAGCUCAAUCAGAUCUUUAAGUUUUAACAAUCCUGCCUUAAUAAACUUUGUUGGUGUGAAUAAUUCUUACUGCUCUUUUCUGUAAUAAAAAGGAUGGAUUUAUGUUGCUUAUGUACGUAUUUCCCCAGAUUUCCACCAGAAUAAGAGAGCAGUACAGCUUUCUCAUGACCUUACAGUCUAACAGAAACUUUGCUUUGUUUAGAAUAAAAUAUUCGUAGCCAUUGUUUCAGUUUCUCCGUGUCAUUUUCUACUCUAAUUGCCAACGUUUGUAAAUCUUCUUAGUGUCAUCUGCCAACAACACUGACUGCAGUGACUGAGAGACAUGAAUCAUUUAUAUACAACUUUAAACGUUUAGGUCCCAACACUGAACUUUGUGGAACUCCACAUUCUAUAUUGAGACACUCAGAAUUAAAACCAGAAAACUGAACAUAUUGUUGUCUUUUA